UGGAGCCAACAACAUGGCGAGUCGUAUAUUAAAAUAUCUAUUUCUAGUGCAGCUUUAUUGUACCGUUCAGGCAGCUGUGACGGUAUUGAUCGAAGAAGAUCUCCAAGAAUGUGACAACGGUAUGCCUCUAACCAAAGUAGACAUAACAGGGGUACAAAUCAUAACCGAAGAAAAUGGAACACUGACCGUGAAUGGGACGGCUCGCUUCGACGAUGAGUACGGAAAUCCGACUAUGUGGAAGAUGUACUCCAAACGGCUGCAGCGUGGCCAAUGGGUGACCGGACUGCUGAGUCGUGAAAUCUGGAACCUGUGUCCGGUGCUUCUAUCACCCAAUGAAUUAUGGUAUCCCCUGAUGGUGAAGAUGCACAAGAAUAGGUGUCCUUUCUCGAAAGGGUACGAAGAACACAUGAACAUGGUCAACCUUGGUAAUCCAGCGCAUUACUUCAAAAUUCCUCCGGAUUUUAUCGGCGAAUGGCAGGUGUACAAUGAAAUAACUACUUCCCGCAGAGGACAUCCAGAGAAAGAGUGCUUUUUAAUUAAAUUGACGAUUACGGAAGUUUAGGUUUCAUCUGUUCAUAUAUCGCUAGAAAGAAAAGUAGUACGUGUAACUAUUUACUCACAUUAAAGAAGUGUUUUUAAACCAGUGAUAUUGAUGUUGACCAUAAUUGUUAAAGUUCGUUUGGUACAAUCGAACGAUUUCGCUUAUCAACUCCU